AUGGUUAUGGUCACUGAUUUGACCCCAACUGAAGACAGUAACAUCUCUGAUCCAGCGCGGGCCUUGUUGGCCAGGCAUGACAUCCAAUGCGCCUUGAGAGAGGUCGUGCAGUCCGCCAAGCGCCCUCGUCUUUGGAUGGAGGUUGAAGCCAGCACCAGUUCCUACAACCCAGCCAGAUGGUCGGAACUGAAAGAGAGCUCUUUAAGCUGUGGAGGAGUCGGAGCGAAUUUGAAGGUGGUUAAGUUGACGAAGGACGGCGAUUUGCCUCUGGGCGCGACCGUCAAGAACAGUGGAGAGGCGAUUGUGAUUGGGCGAAUAGUGCGAGGGGGCGUUGCAGAGAAGUCGAAACUACUUUCAGAAGGGGACGAAAUCAUUGAGGUCAACGGCAUCGAUAUGCGAGGGAAAUCGGUGAACGAGGUUUGCGACCUUCUGGUGAGUAAUUCAUGUCCUCUUCAGUUUCCUUCAAGUACACAGGGACGCUGCUUUAGGAAGCACUUGAGGUCAUUGUUCAACUAUGACCCAGAAGAUGAUCCGUAUCUUCCAUGCCGCGAACUCGGUUUAGGGUUUAGCAAGGGAGAUGUGCUACACGUGAUAUCUGUGAAAGAUCCCAACUGGUGGCAGGCCUACCGAGAAGGAGAAGACAGCACACAGUCGCUCGCUGGACUCAUUCCAUCACCUAGUUUUCAGCUACAGAGGGAAGAGUACAACCGUGAACUCUUUGCGGACGAUAAGGAUAGAGAGUAUAAAACAGGUGGACUUUUGUGCAAAAGCAAGAAGAAGCGAACGAGCUUCAUUCGGGCGCGGAAGAGUGCUUCUGCCGUGGCAAUAGAACGCCAACGCGAAGUGCUAAUCUACGAAGAGGUGUCCUUGUACCUCUCACGGACUGGACGACGACGUCCCAUCGUACUGAUUGGACCUCCUCACGUCGGCUGUCUUGAACUCAGGCAGCGGCUGAUGGAGACCGAAGCGGAGAAGUUCGCCGGAGUGGUUCCGCGUAAGUGCGACAUCUACAUCUUUUGUUCAAUCUCAUUCAAAGCUAGCAUUAUGCUAGUAAACCCAUAAAA